AUGCUUCCCUCAUCCUCGCGCUGCGGAGCGGAUGAGCCGGCCGCGUCCCUUUUGACUUCAGCUGCCGCUGUUGCAGUCCCGGCUGCAGCCUCCACGUUCACUUCGACUGAACUUGAUGCUCUUUCCGUGUCGGAGCUACGUGCUGGCAUGCAACAAUUUCUUCGCUCCAGUGGUGCUUUAGGCUCGCUCAAGACGCAGCUCCGCAGCGUUAUUGUCUCCGAGUUGUUGAAACGGAAAGGAGCCUCCCUUAAAGCUUCCGUGGUUCGACAGGGGCGUGAUGACGGAGGUGAAGAAGACGAGGUAGAGGAUGAUACGUGGACACAACGACUUGUGGACGCGCUCGUAGAAAGUCACCUGCGACACACAGGCCGCUCCUUUUCACUUGCCAUUUUCAGCAGUGAGGCGGACGUCUCCUUUGGAUCGGGUGGAGAUGACGCAUUGGCAGGAUUGCUGCACCUCAACACAUCGGUGAUGCAGCGACGGAGGACAAGUCUCUUGCAGUCUGUUCUAGAGGCAUACUUGCAGCAGGUAGGUGAUACACGAGGUAAGUCGCCCGGGUACACAGUAGGGACGCAGACCGACAUUAAUGAAACGGAACUGUCACCGCCGCCGCUCGAGCUUCGCCUUGCCGCUGUAGAUGCGAAGUAUGCGCUUUCUUUUUCACAGCUUCGUGAAUCGGCACGGGAAGAAGUGGAUCGUCGUAUGUCUGCCUAUCGAGAAGACCUACAGCUGCAGAUGGAACAGGGGUAUCAGCAGCGGUUGCGAACGUUUGAACAACAACAACUGCAUGAGGCUCGACGGUCUGCUGAGGAACACUAUGGGGUUUUGUUGCAGCAUAAAAUGGAGGAGAUGCGGGAGUUGGAACGUGUGAGUGUGCAACGCAUAGAGGCCGAACGGGCACGACUAGGGCAGGCUCGUGAUGACGUGGAACUACAGCGCGUUGAACUAGAGCGUCGACAGCGCGAUUUACAGGGGCUGCUUGAGGAACGUGACAAGGCGGUUGCGGCCGUGGAGGGACGACUGCACGACGCGAAGCUGCAGAUACGCGUCUUGACUACCCAGGUGCGACAGUACGAGGAACUUUGUGGAGUUCGACUUGCGGAGGCUGAUGCGGCACGCGAUCGGGAAUGGAGGCGGGUGGAAGACCUGCGUCGACUUCAAGCCGAACACCUUGCAGAGUUGCAACUGAAGGAAGAAGAAAUUGGUCGUCUGCGAUUCCGUUUGAAGUCAAUCCUGUCGACCCACGGAGUCACCAGCUGGCGCGACGAAGCGGGAGAAGGGGAGAAAACAGCCAGUAUUUGUGAGGCGCUGGCAAAAGCAAAUGCGUUCCAGCAGCGCGCGUCGGCUGCAGCUGGCACUCCAUCGCAAUACAAUCGGCAGUCAUGUGAGGCAUCUUGGCUUUCCGCAUGGCAGUCAGCUGCGCCCCCGGAGCGGCGGGAGGCGAAAGAUACGGAGAAACAGCGGUAUCCCGCAGAGCCGCAGGUUGUGUCACAGCCUGCGACAUCCGUCGUGCAGAGCUCUCAAGAACAAAACCAGUGGCAACAGGAGAAGGGGGAGGGGGAGGUGAAGGGCAUCGGUGCAUCAUGUCCCCUGCCCAUUAGGACCCUUGAUGUGGCUGCCCCUCCCGCCGCUACUACUACUAGUAGUGCUGACCCGGGUCUCGACAGGGUGGCCACGGAUUCCAUCUCGAGGUGUCAACCUUUGGUGGCCGUGGAGGUGCCGCCUCAGGCGUUGGAAGGAAAUGAACUCGACAGAGAAGAGCAACGGAAAGGCGAUGAUGGCGGGGGGCGCAGCAGUAGCGGUAGUCGCCAAAGUGGCGGGAAGGGGAUGACUGAUGCGAAGGAAAAAUCAUUUCCGUCGUCGUCACUCUCGGCCUCGCAGUCCCAGGCGAACCAAAGACAAUCCAACGGCUCUACUGCCUCUGAAGCGUUGAAGCCUCAAUCGUCAUCCUCAUCUGCUCCGUCCGUACGUUCCUCCUCUUUGAGUUUGGUGCCGGCGGACCAGCAAACACCUGUUACCACCACUACCACCGCAGCUCUUCGACUCAAAGAGGAGCAAGAUGCACUUUAUAGAGAAGAGACAAGUAGACGCACGCUUGUUGAGGGCGAUGAGGAUGCAGCCCGUCGUGGAAUUGCAUGGGCUCUAAAGUCACAGCAGGCGGUGCUGAUGCAACGACAAGCGGCCGAAGAAAAGGAAAAAGAUAGCCUUGGCGGUGGGCGUAACACGUCGUCGUUAGAUGCCUACAUGGCCCAGGCUCGUCAACGGCAGCAGGCAACAGAGAACAUCAUGAUUUCUCGUGACUCCGACGAUGAUGUUGACAGUGGCAUUCUCUUCUGUCGAAGAGGAAGUAGUGAUGAAUCCUUUUAG